AAGUGUCCCCCGAUCGAUGAAGUCACGUUUCGCCGCCGUAGUUGUUAGUACGCGCGACUCCGUCGGACACUGGCACAGUUGCUCUAGUACGCCUUCAUGCCCUAUCGCGGAAACUCAGCGACAUGGAUAAAGCGACCGAGCUGAUUCAAGCGACGCCUCCGGAAGAUCGCUUGAAGCUGUCGCGUCUUCCGAGUUCUUCGUUUACCAUCGAGAACCUUAUCGGGACGGAGCACCGCCGGGGUGGAAGCCCACCGGGGUCGGUUCGUCCGCGAUUGGGACCGUCGUCGGAUUCCACUGGGUCGUACCUGGUCAACGCGGCCGCUGGAUACAAUGCGGCAGCCAUGCUAUCGUUCACGAACUUCCCGCUGUACAAUCCGUGGGUGGGAUACCUAUCGCCGGCGGCCAACGAGAAACUAUCGCAACUGUUUUCCAGUGCUGCCAGUGGCGUGGGUGGAGUUGGGGGUGACAAACGUGUCCAUAAAUCAGUGCCAGGUGCGCCGAUAGAUGGGUCUGGCAGCGGGGACGAUGUGCCCGAUCAAAGUGAUAAAUCGUCAAUCGAAGUGAACGCCUUCAAGACGUUUCCAGGGGCGACGUACGCAGGGGCUGCGCCGAAUCUCGAAGUGGCAGCGCAAUAUUUUGCAAACAGUGCUCGAAGGUCCUUCUAUAAUCCGACGGAUUUCGGUGAAAGUGCUUCAAGUGGUAGUGAUAAGAUAAAUCAUAGCAAUUACAGUGGUGCGAACAUCGGUGGGAGAAUAUUUCUAAGGAAUUUUAGUAGUGACUUGGCGGCGGCGUCUUCGCCGGCAGUUGUCAAUCAUAGUAGCCUGGAGCUGCAGGACACGGAUUCGAGGCAGUCGUACCUGAACAUUGAUCGGGAUGAGGAUGAGCGGCCGGUGGCGGUGGGGGUUGCUGAUGGCGGAGCGGAUAGCAAUGAUGACGGGUCGUACAGUGACGAUAUCAGCUUGUCGCUAUCGCCGACAGGGUGCGGAAAAGGCAACGGUAAGAAUAUAGGGAAAGGAUAUCGGUGGGGAAUGAGGUUGCAAUUUUGAAUUGAGUUGUUCCUGUGGGUUGUUAGAGAUAAAAGGAUUUACGGU